CACAAUCACUCUGAAGAUUAGUGGGUGUUCUCAUGGCUUCCACUACACUACAGGAAUUCUCUUUGAGCUUUUUCCGAUUCCUUUUUCUGAUCAUAGUUGUCAGUACAUUCUCUUCUUUGAGAUCAACUUCGUCGGCAAAGGGGUUCUCAGUAGAGGAGGCAACCGUGCAUGAUCUCCAACUUGCUUUCCAAAGAAACCAAUUAACCUCUAGGCAACUCGUUGAGUUCUACCUCAAACAAAUACAAACCCAAAACCCAGUUCUUAAAGGGGUGUUGGAGGUUAACCCAGAUGCACUAGCACAAGCAGACACAGCUGACCAAGAGAGAAAGGCUAAGGCACCAGGGUCUCUUUCAGGCUUGCAUGGAAUACCAAUUUUGCUUAAGGAUAUCAUUGCAACUAAGGAUAAGCUGAACACCACUGCAGGCUCUUAUGCACUGCUUGGCUCUGUGGUGCCAAGAGAUGCAGGUGUAGUUUCCAAAUUAAGGAAAGCUGGGGCUAUCAUAUUAGGGAAGGCCACCCUCAGCGAGUGGUCACAUUAUAGGUCAAAUGGUUUAGCACCUAAUGGAUGGAGUGCCAGAGGUGGACAGGGAAAGAAUCCAUACACAAUGGGUGAUCCCUGUGGGUCCAGUAGCGGAUCAGCAAUAUCUGUUGCAGCAAAUUUGGUGGCAGUGUCCCUUGGUUCUGAGACUGAUGGUUCCAUUUUAUGCCCUUCAUCAUUUAAUUCAUUAGUGGGCAUCAAACCAACCGUUGGUCUCACAAGUAGAGCUGGGGUAAUUCCAAUCAGCUCAAGACAAGACACGGUUGGACCAAUUUGCAGGACUGUAUCAGAUGCUGCUAUUGUUCUUGAAACCAUUGCAGGCAUCGACACUAAUGAUCAGGCAACAAUUGAAUCAUCAAAGUAUGUCCCCACAGGUGGCUAUUCUCAAUUUCUAAAGGAAGAUGGGCUAAGAGGAAAAAGAUUAGGAAUAGUGAGAUUAUUCUACAACUUUGGGAAUGAUACUUUUCUUCAUGAAACUUUUAAGCUACACCUAAAAACAAUAAGGGAAAAGGGUGCAAUUUUGAUUGACAAUUUGGAGAUAGAUAAUAUUGAUGAAAUUCUUAGUGGUACGAGUGAAAGUAUUGCUUUGGAAUUUGAAGUCAAAUUAUCCUUGAACGCAUAUCUUAAAGACUUAGUUGCCUCCCCAGUGAGAAGCUUGGCCGAUGUGAUAGACUUCAAUAAAAAUCACUCAAAAUUGGAGAAACUUGUUGAGUACGGCCAAGAUCUCUUGUUGCAAGCUCAAAAGACAAAUGGAAUUGGGGAAACACAGAGUCAAGCAUUAUUAAAUAUGACAAGAUUGUCACAAAAUGGAUUUGAGAAACUAAUGAUAAGAAAUAAACUUGAUGCGGUGGUGAUACCUUUUUCAAGAUUUAGUCCUGUACUUGCUAUUGGAGGUUACCCUGGAGUAAUUGUUCCAGCAGGAUAUAAAGAGAGUAUGCCAUUUGGAAUUUGCUUUGGAGGUUUGAAAGGUUCAGAGCCAACGCUGAUUGAAAUUGCUUAUUCAUUUGAGCAAGCAACUAAGAUUAGGAAGCCUCCUCCACUUCCAGAGUUAAAGUAUCUUUCACGGGAAGACAAUUUGUUCGAGUGAGGAACAUCCAAAUCAUGGCAGGACCAAUUCUCUCAAAGGAAUUUACUUUAUUUUCUAAUAUUUAAUAAGAGUACUUAUAAAAUUUGUUAUUUAGCCCAUGUUGUGAUUAGUGGCUAUGAUUAUGAACCUCCUAGAUGGUGUGGAAUAUUCCCCUAU